UACACUGGGGCUUCGAAUAGCCGCAUCCCACCAGCUUCAUAUUUCAGUGCUCCAUAUUGCCUCAGAUAAUUACUCAAGAAUGGCUAUCAUGAGCACUCAUACUUUGGCCCUUACCUUUGGCAUACUCGGUAACUUCAUAUCCUUCCUGGUAUUUUUGGCACCUAUGCCAACAUUUUACCGGAUAUACAAGAAGAAAUCGACGGAAGGAUUCCAGUCAAUCCCAUACCUGGUGGCACUGUUCAGCUGCAUGCUAUGGCUCUAUUAUGCUUUCCUCAAAACCGGCGCCGUUUUGCUCAUCACCAUCAACUCCUUUGGCUGCGUCAUAGAGAUCAUCUACAUCCUCAUCUUCAUCACCUAUGCCUCCACAGACGUCAGGAAGUUGACGAUAAAACUCAUAGGAGCAAUGAACUUCGGGUCAUUCGGUCUGAUUAUGUUGGUGACGCAAUUUGCUGUGCAUGACGCUUCCCUUCGUGUUCAUGUGCUGGGAUGGAUAUGCGUUUCGAUUUCAGUCAGCGUGUUCGCUGCUCCUCUAAGCAUUAUGGCACAAGUUAUCAGAACAAAGAGUGUAGAGUAUAUGCCAUUCAUGCUAUCAUUUUUCCUGACGUUGAGCGCUGUCAUGUGGUUUGCUUAUGGACUGUUCCACAGGGACAUAUGCGUUGCUGUGCCGAAUGUGAUGGGAUUCGCACUAGGGUUGAUUCAGAUGGUGCUGUAUGGGAUAUACAGGGAUGGGAAGAAGAAAACGAGAGAAGGACAGAAAGAGGUGGGGAUGGAGGCGUCGGUGAAAGAGGCCGGCGGCGUGGUGGUGGUCGGAGUGAGCCAGAGAGGGAGCAGUGAGGUGUUUCCAGACCCAGUGGGGCUGGUUGUUGCUGAUGAUGUCAAUAACGUUAAUGUUGCUGAGGUUAAGGAUUAUUGUCCUGUCUGAGACCUAAUUACGAGGAGAAGAGAAGAAGAAGAUCAGAAGAAGAGGAGAGAGGAAGUGGGUAUACUUACAUGGCCGCCAAUUGGUUGCAUUAUUCUUUCUUCGAAACUUAAUUUACUACAUUAAUAUAGGAAGACUCGUGUAAGACCAAGCCAAUCGGAAUACAGUUUAUUUGCCUUUUCUUUUAGAUGUUAUUUGCCUAUAGGUUUAUUUCCCUUAUCAUCGUUGCGUACUUGUAACUUUUAUGUCUAAAAUCGGGAAUUUUGAUGUAACUUUUACUCUGUAGCAGUGAUCUCCGUCUGUAUGCGGCAAAUCGUCCUGGUUAAGACCUUCUUUUCUCCUUC